GGGGCGCUGGUGGUGAGCUCGCGACUGGACCGGGAGGAGCUGUGCGGGAAGAGCGCGCCGUGCGCCCUGCGCCUGGAGGUGCUGCUGGACCGGCCGCUGCGCGUCUUCCACGUGGAGGUGGAGGUCACCGACAUCAACGACAAUGCGCCGCGCUUCCCCGCCGCCUCCAAAAACAUCAGCAUCGCGGAAUCUUCUCUGCCCGGGUCGCGUUUCCCUCUGGAGGGCGCGUCGGAUGCAGAUAUCGGAUCGAAUGCGCAGCUCUCGUAUACACUGAGCCCGUCCGAGCAUUUCGCUCUGGAAUUACAAAGAGCAAAUGAUCGGAAUAUUAUACCUGAUCUUGUAUUGAAGAGACCUUUGGACCGCGAGUCGCUGUCGGAGCACCGGCUGGUGGUGACGGCGAGUGACGGGGGCAGGCCGGCGCUGACGGGCACGGUGCAGCUGGUGAUCUCGGUGCUGGAUGCGAACGACAACGCGCCGCAGUUCAACCAGUCGGUGUAUAAAGUGCAGCUGCCGGAGGACGCGGCGGAGGGGACGCUGGUGGCGCGAGUGGCAGCCACGGACCCGGACGAGGGAAUUAAUAGCGAAGUGACCUACAGCGCCACCAGCUUCAUUCCACUCAGUGGAAAAGAUCUAAUUGCUGUCCAUCCAGAGACAGGGGAGAUCAGACUCACGGGUACCUUAGAUUUCGAAGAAGUAAGUACGUUCGAUUUUCGCCUUGAAGCAAGAGAUAAAGGUUUUUCUCCGUUGUCGGGGCACUGCAGCGUGGAGCUGGAGGUGCUGGACGUGAACGACAACGCGCCCGAGGUGUGGGUGACGUCGCUGUCGGUGCCGGUGCCCGAGGACGCGGCGCUGGGGACGGUGGUGGCGCUGCUGAGCGUGUCGGACCGGGACUCGGGGCCGAACGGUCGGGUGCGGUGCGCGGUGCGGCCGCCGUCGCCGUUCGGGCUGGUGGCGACGUUCGCGGGCUCGUACUCGCUGGUGCUGCGGGAGGCGCUGGACCGGGAGCGGGUGUCGGAGUACGAGGUGGAGGUGCGGGCGGAGGACGGCGGGGCGCCGCCGCUGCGCGCCAGCCGCGGGCUGCGGGUGCCGGUGUCGGACGUGAACGACAACGCGCCGGCGUUCGCGCAGGCCGUGUACACGGUGCUGGCGCGGGAGAACAACGCGGCGGGCGCGGAGCUGGCGCGGCUGUGGGCGCGAGACCCGGACGAGGCGGGCAACGGGCGCGUGAGCUACUCGGUGUGGGAG